GUGGGAAGUCCCUCUCACGCCGGACGUGCAAACUCUUCCAAAGUCACAAUGACCUGAGCACACUCUCCCACCCAGGACAGGAGGAGGAUGAUGAUGACUGGGUGUAUGAGCCCCAGCACUACAUAGGUAAGUUAACCUCUAACAUCACAGAGUAAUCCCAGAUGUUCUAUUAUGAUAUGAGUUUUAGGAGAUUACACAAUGACGGUCCCAAAGUACAGAAAUAAGAGGCCAAAUCUAAAAUGCUGAUUUCAGGCACGAUAGUGAGGCCUUAUGUAAUGGGUACUUCUCUCUAUAAUUCUGUCUAUAUUGAGUGGCAUCCGCUUAUUGUAAGAGCAUUAAGACUCACUAAUCCAGGAAUAGGCUGACAUAAAAGAGAGAGAAUGGCUUUGUAAUAAAUAUCAGAGUUUACAUACAGACAACAUCACCACAUUGUUUCCCAACAUCAUAGCUACACCGAGGUCAGCUCUGAUGAGUUGUCAUCUGUGGCUUGUUUCUGCAUGCAGAUGCGUAAUAUCUGAUUACGAAUCCAAGACAUAGAUCCAAACAGUACAGGUUGUGUGUUUUAUCUUUGUGUCUUUCCAAAGUGAAACAAGCUGCAGCCAUCUAGCAGCAUUCUGUCUGCUGAAGUAACACAUUGUGCUGUUGUUUAUUUGGCGUCAGUCUUCGGUCCUUGUCUUCUCAUGUCAGACGGCAGAUUUUGUUUACUUUGUGAUAUUUUUGUUGUGGAUUCAAUCAUUAGUCAUUACACUUAUUCUGAAGGUCGUGUUUUCAGGAAGCUUCCUUUAUUUUUAUUCUCACUGAGGCAGAAAACUGGUUAUUCUGGCUAAAGCACCCAUAUAUUCUAUACCACUCACAUAUGGAGUCACACACGUACCACAUGCCUGCUAAUCGGUGUGUAAUUGAUAUCAUCUGCUGCUGGCACCACCAUCAUGAAGUCAUAACCACCAUAAUGGUGAAUUAAGGUUACACAUGUGUCGGCACAAGGGGUGUGAAUCUUCAACUUCAUGAUUCAUUUACGAUUCCAAAGAAAUGAUUCAGUGUAUCAUGAAAUCUUAGAUUUCACAACAGUUAGAUUCAAUGAGAUUAUUUUCAAGUGAUUCAGAAUUAUUUUUCAAAAAUACACUGAUUUGACAGAUGGGACUGCACUAGCUAUUGAGGCCACACAAUGAUGGAAUAUAUACAAAAAUAUGUACACAACACACCAACGUAGGGGUGAGCAAUAUGACAAUUGUAUUAUCUUCAUAAAUUACCCCAUUACUUUUAUAUCAUGGAUAUAAUCAGUAGAACACCAAACAAUUGCAUGUUUGAUUAUAAGGAGAGCAUAAUUAGUCCUGUUCAGGUGGAUUUAGUGCAGUGCAGCUUGGGACCACUAUAUUCAUAGUUUUUUUAUUGUAAUUUUGAACCAUUUAUGGACUAAGCCUUAAAGUGGCACCUGGACACAUGUUAUUAUUUUAAACUCUAAAAUUGUGAUAUAGGUCACAGUCUACCAAAAUUUUAUAUUGUCUGAUUUAACAAAAACUCAACAAAUCUUAAACCACAAACAUUAAAUAACAGUCAGAACUAAACAAUUUGAAUGAACAAUCUGAAGAGUGAACCUGUUAAUGAACUUGUAAAAGUCAUUUGAAGUCUCUACUGUGUUUAUUUAUAGAUCUGUGACCAUUGUUCUCAGUGUUGUCUGAUGGUGUUUUUAGUUGUGCUCUAACUGGUAAUAUGCAUUGCUGUCUAGCAGUAUAGAGCCACAUCACACUUCUGACAUUUAUCAAGCGUCUCCUGCAACCUUUUCACUUUCCACAAGCACUUGUAGUUUUCAGCACCCAUCUUGAAGAAAACUUUGUUUCGGCAUGAUAAGGAUGUGUGCAGUCGCAUUUUGAAAUUUUAUCCUCUGAUUCCCCCUGUUUAUUUUUACACCCCUAGUAUACAUCCUCACUCACAAACACAGGCAAGACAUGUGCAUGUAUGCCCACACACUCUUUCUCUUUUUCUCACAUUCAUGUUUACACAUUUACACUUUCAUGCAUCCAAAGACAACACACAUGCUAUAGACCUGUGUUCCACUCAGACAGAUUCUGGUAUGACUGUGUUUAAUGGAGUGGUGGGGCUUUUAGCAAACGUUGCAAACAUUGAUUUUUUUCUUUGAAUAAGACCCUGAGGUGGUCUCCUCCUCCUAGGCUGGGUUUCCCUCCAUGUCACCGGUGCUAUAUUCUGCCACCACACUCUUCCCCCAUAAGCAGCAGUCAUUAGCAAGAGGAUGCUAUCUUUACAAAGUUUCUAUGCUUUAGUGCUUUAUUACAUGUCUUAGUUGAAGAACAAAGUGGGUUUCAACUUCAGAAGCUAACUCAUUCUUAGGGCAGCUCUGUUUUCUGUUUUUUUGAUUGGUGUGGGUUUUUUUCUCUGACCAUGUCAGCAAGUUUUGGCCAUUCUCUGUUCAGGCCAUUUGACUCCCCCUAUUGGAAAUCAAUGACCCUCAUAGGUUCAGGCCUCAUGGCAAGCACAUUGUUUCCAUGCUGACUGAUUCACAGUUUAUGUUGAGUUCACCCCAACACAUUUCUUCUUAGCAUGUUAGCUCAUUGAGUCUGAGGUUCAGAAUAUGAUGGUAGAAAACGUUUAAGAGACAACUGGUGAUCAAAAACUAUCAAAGCUAGAUCCAAUACCUUUCACACAUGUAAAUGUCUGCUAAAAUGUGUCUGACCGUCUACUCAUGAAGUUUCCUGGGUCUGUGGCACUCAGUAGAAAACUGUUGCAGUAGUUGUAGUCCCUGAUACAUCUGCAAAAUAUCACAUUGUGAUUACAUUGCUACAUGUGAUACUGCAACUGUGAUAUGCCUUGCAUUAUGUUAAAAGCACAUUAGUGAAUCACUGAUAGAAAAUGGGUAGGCUAAAGAUUGGCCUGCUUUAUUUUAAGCCGCUUUUCCACUGUAUGGUACCGGCUCGACUCGACUCUGCUAGCCUUUUUUGGUUUUCCACUAAGCAAAUCUGGUACCUGGUACCGUGUACUAUUUUUGGUACCACUUCUGUUGUGGUUCCAAGUGAGCUGAGCCAAUACCAAAAGGUGAUAUAAAAACGCUACAGACUGCUGAUUGGUCGGAGAGAAUUGCUAAACACGUGCUAAUGUUAGCUACAAGGUUAGUGUAGACUCUUGUGUCGCCUUUUUUGAGCAACCAGAACCGCCUCCUCGUCUGAAUUCUGAUGUAGUGUUUCCCAAACUCUCCUAUUGUUUCAGCUGUCUUUUGUCUCACUGUCAUCAACUUCUGAACAAAAUUUGUCUCCUUCACGUCACGGCAGGUUCAUUUGGUGUCGCUAUGAUUAUCAGCUACAUUGAUGGAGUACAAUCAGAGAAGUUGUAGAGAGGAGAAUCACAUUUUGUAAUGUCUUCCGGGUUUCUCAAACACUAGAUGGCGCUCCUGAGCAAGUCCAAAAUGAAUGAGUUAAGAUGAAGCGUUUGGGCAAAAUCAUAGUUUAUAAAUACUUAAACAUGUUUAAUAUAAGAGAAUACAUUUAUUACCUGAACACUGAAUAGCAUAUAACGUUUUAACAAUGCUGUUUUAUUUUUGAGCGCUUUUAAACUUUUUGAGCUUUCUGAAAGUUUAAAACGGCGCCUCGUGUACGUUCAUGACGCCAGUGAGUGUGAACAGAUCAGAUCAGAAAUUGGAAAUUUAUAUGUGACUAUAAACUAGCUAGCUAUUGCCGUUGGCCCACACUCCCUGUUUUAGUGCAUACCUAAUUGCUGGAUUAUAGAAUACCUUGAUUUAUCAAAACACCAACAGAACAUCUGACAUUGUGAAGCUUACGGCGGAGAAUUAACAUUUAUUGAUUUGUUAGAGGACUUACUGCGGUAGUAUAACUUUUUGCAGUAUCAGAAUUGAAGGCCAGUAUUGUGGUAACAUGUAAUAAACAAUAUAUUGUGCAGUCCAAGUUCUUGUACUGCUGCUGUUGGGUUUGCCAGCGUGUGGGAUUAAAUGAUUAUGCUCUAUCACAGUGCUAUUGGCAGGGGUAAGCUGGACCCCCUGUACUGGAACUGCUGACUGUUCCAAAUGUCCCGCAGCCACACACCCACCAUGUGUAUGUGUUUGACACGAGCGCUUUGUCUGAGUGAUAAAAGGAUAAGAGUUUCAUCCCUGCUCUGGUUAGAACGAAAGAGGAGGGGCAGCACAGAGUAUUUUCCUGUGGUUCAUGGAAGGGCGGGAUGCCAUGCUGUGUGUCAGAAUGUGUGAAUGUGUGUGUGAGUAGAGAGAGAGGGAGUGAAAGAGAGAGAGAGAGAGAGAGAGAGGGAGAGGGAGAGAGAGAGGAGACUAGGGGGAGUGUCUGUGGUGAGUGAGUUGGAGAGAGUGAGCGAAAAAGGGGGCAGACUGAAGUGAAUCGGUGAGACAGAGCAGAGAGAGAAGUGUGUGUGUGUGUCACAUGUGUUCCCCGUGUCCAGGCCUGUGCGUGUGUGUCAGGAGCGGCAGUGAAGUGACCGCCGGCCACUCUCAUGUCUUCAUUACACAAAAAGCAAGAGCCAUGUUCUGCUUGAAAGCUGUGUCUAAUCUGGAUGAGGAGAGUAAGUGGACAGUUCACUACACGGCACCUUGGCACCAGCAGGAGAAUGUCUUCCUGCCAGCGUCCAGACCAGCCUGUGUGGAGGAGCUGCACCGACAGGCAAAAGUCAACCUCAAAACGGCCCUCAGAGAAUGUGAUAAGUUGAGGAAGGAUGGCUUCCGCAGCUCGCAGUACUAUUCCCAGGGCCCCAUCUUCUCAGGCUCUGCUCACUCCCACAGCAGCCAGCAGGAGGAUGAGGAUGAUGAAGUUGAUGAGGUUGAUAAUAAGUCCACUGCAUCCUCUGCAGAGGAGGAGAAGAGUUCCAACCCAAUGAAGGCUCAGACUCUAGUGCAGGGGGAGGGAUCAGAGGUUGAUGGACAGGAGCCCUGCUUUAAGGCCCCGCCCCUUCCCACACCUGAAGAGAAGAUGAGACAGCAAGCUCAGGCUAUUUUAACAGACAUCGUCCCCAUAAACGUCACAGGGGAGACAUUUGACCGGCAGGCCAGCGUCCGCCGCUCCCUAAUAAACACGGACACUCUGGCCCGUCGACCCAAGAAGGUCAAACGGAGAAAGACUAUAUCAGGGCUACCUGACAACAUCCAGCAGGAACUAGCAGCUAAAGGACGAGAAGGGGGGCUUCGACCACAGUCCAUGUUUAUCCCUGGACAGUAUUCAACACUGGGACGUUCUGGCAGUGUGAGUUCCACGCUCAGGCGCUCCGAGACAAGAGAUUCUGGCUGCCAGACUGAGGAGGUAAAAAUUGUCCCACCAUCCGUAAGGAGGAUCCGGGCUCAGAGGGGCCAAGGGAUUGCUGCUCAGAUGGCUGGCAUCUCGACAUCUGCGACCAAUAUAUCUACAGUUUCCGAUGGACACACCCCUGGAUCACCCACGCAUGUCAUACCUCCUCGCUUCAAUAGUGAUGCCCAGCGUUUCCACAGCUUGCCCCGGGGAGCACGAGUCUCUCUGAACGCAGAGCCCCUGUACAGCAGCACUCCAUGCAGGCCGGACGACAGCACUCCAACAGCUCCUCGCCAGAUUGGAAAACUCCAGGUUGAUGAGACUGUAGUUCACAUGAGGAAUGCCCCUAGGACAAGUACUGCAACCCGCCCAAAGUCUCAGGAGGUGAGGAGCACACAUGGCGAGUGGGGGACUGUCACUGGUCCUGCCUGUGUGGUUUCUCCUCAUGCGGCCUACUCAACGUCACUCAUCCCCAAUGCCACAUUGUCAUGUUCUGCUGAGGUCAUUGCCCUUCACACUACAUCAAGUCCAGGGCAGAAAUUGCAUUUAAGGCCUCUCAGCAUAGCCUCAACUGUCAAUGGAGAAAGCUCCACCAGUAUGGCAACAAGUACCGAUAUAGCAGAGGCAGACGUGCAGGAAACCGGCCAGUCAGACAGCAGCUUGCAUAGUCAUAGUACGAUUGCUGCAGGAACAGUAUCUUCGGAUGAGCAGUGGAUUUAUGACACCCCAGAGAAUGUGCUGCCCAGAAGGAUGCUCACCUCCAGCUGCUCCACCCCUAUCAAUCAUCUCUACAACAGCCUGGAGCACUCCUCUAAAGGCACAGAUUCCAGUUCACUUUACUCCAUGGACAAUGAUGGCUACUACACUUCAAUGCACCUGGACUCAGGCCUCAGGUCAAAAAGCCAUAGCAUUGUGGGCAGGGCAACAAGGCAUAGUAUGUAUGAGUGCAUAGGCCACCCAGAAGACCACACCAGCUUGUACAGCGACCGAUCACUGUCUCGCUCCAUCUCGCUUCGCAAGUCUAAGAAGCCACCUCUACCACCAGCACGCACAGACUCAUUGCGCCGAAAGCCUAAGAGCCUCAGUGGUGCCAAAGGUAUAGCAGAAACUAGCAGUGGAUCAGUUCUUAAUGAGUCUUUGAUCGCUACAUUACAGCAGUCUCUUCAAAAUGGGCUUAAAGGGAAAGGAUCCUCCUCCUCACCAUCUCAUAGCCCUUGCAGUGACUAUGAGGACCCAUGGAUGCUGCGUCCUAGAAGCCAGAGUAGCAUAAGUGCCGGAAGCAGUGGGGUGUCUGCUGUUGGUGUAGCUAAUGUUUAUUCCAUCUGUCAUGUCACACCAUCACACAGCGACACUAGCAGCCUGCGCUCUGACUACGCAGAGUCUUGGGGCUAUUAUAUGGAUUACCCUCGUCCACACAGUGAUCAGAUACAGUCACCUCCUCGUACUAACUCGAUGUCUAGUGGUGGGCAGUCAGGCGGGAUGGCAGAUGGACAGGGUCUCCACAGUGGUACCCAGACCACCCUUCCUCCUGCCCAGGGCGAUGUGUCAGUGAAGCCUCAGGUAAACACCUCCUCGCCGGACAGGGUGCAUCGUUUGACCUCUCCAUCAAGCGGAUAUUCAAGCCAGUCCAACACUCCAACAGCUGGUACUCCUGUUCCUUCCUUCAUGAGGUCCAUGUCACCCUCAGGCUGCAAGCCAAAGCCACGUGUGCCUGAAAGGAAGUCAUCUUUGCUGUCCUCUGUGUCUAUCUCCUCUUCAUCCACAUCGCUAUCUUCUAACACUUCGGAUUCUAUUAAGAAUAACAUUCCUCCUCCACCUCCACCUCUGCCUCCUUCCUCAGUGUCCCUCUCACCCCUCAGCCCCCCACUUUUCCCUCCAUCUCUUCCACCCUCCAGUCCUGUGUGCUCUACAAGCCAGGACUUCUCACCUGCAACUGCUCCUGCUUUGCCCUCUACCCCACAGCAGGAAGCUUCUGUAAGCCCACCUUCCUUGAAUUCCUCUCCAGAGUUUCCACCUCCUCCUCCUCCGGAGAUGUUGAAUGGCCACAGCAUGUCGCAUAAUGGUUCUUUUAGCCCUACUCUUCAUCCACCUCCUCCCCCACCACCUCCCCCGUUUCCUCCCGCUGUCGGUGCUCAUGCUCCACACACAUCUUCCAUGCCAACCAUGACACCAGUGUUACCUUCAUCUGCAAGCUUAAAGGGAAUAAAAGAUGGCCUCAAGCCAGUGAACACUGAGAGAAGAUCAGCUGCCACUAACUCUGAGAAGUCUGGCAAGCCUGCAGUGCCACUGAUCACCCCAUUUGCCCUCCAGAGCGUGCAGCUCCGGUCAGUCAAACUGCCAGAGAACGGUAAAGCAGAUAGUUCCAAAUCUCAGGAAACAGAGACUGGCCAGAUGGCCAGUAAGACUUGGAUUCCAGUGAAGUUUAAAAAACAAGAGCAUCCAACAGUUUUGUCUCUUGCUUCUUGUGCUGCUCCUGAAAUGAAUGGACUGUUCAGUACUUCAUCUCCAGAGAAGAAACUCCCCAUCGACAACAACUCUGCUGAGAUACCACUCUAUAAUGCAGAAUCUGGGGAAGAAAUGCACUCUGAUCAGACUCAGUGCUCAAGGGACUCUAUAGGCCAUGCCCCAGUUUCAGCUGAUGCUGAAGUAGAUGGGUCACAGAGGGGCCUGCCAACAUCUGCUGAGUCACCACAAAACACUACACCUAAGAAAAAACCACCUGCGGUCUCCAAGAAGCCCAGAUUUUCACCUGUUGUCUCUCCCUCAGCACCUGAAUCUGCUGCAGAGGAAAAACAGGUACUAGCCAAUGGGGAAGAUACUUCUGAUUUCUCAAACCUUCAGAGUGAGGUGGCUAUUUGUGAUAUCACAAAAAAUGGUCAAGAAUCCCCUGACGAGCAGGAGAGAGAAAAUGACACAACCAACACAGAGAGUUCCAUAUCUCCUACUGAGGUGAGCGAAUUUGGAAGUAGCACACCUCUAACUGAUAGUCAGGCUGAGGAAACCACCCAGACUAAAGUCGUCGAGGAAGCAGCUGUUGAUGAGACGAAGGGCAUUUCAGACGGAGAAGUAGAAGAAGACGGUGGAGAGGAUGAAGAUGGAGUGAGCAGCACUACAGGAUCUAUCAGCUCCAAAGAUGAUGAAAAUGGUGAGGUGUUUGAGUCCAGUGGGGCAGAUUCCUCGCCGGCUCCCAUCAACGGUGAAGUUUUUGAGGACAUGGUGACACCCACAAGACCCCGAACCACCGAGGACCUCUUCGCUGCCAUUCACAGGUCCAAGCGGAAGGUCCUAGGACGACGAGAGUCAGAAGAUGACCGCUCCCGAGGUCACCCCUCGUCCCCUCCAGUCACCCCCACCGGGACAUGUCCUACACUGGGCUCCUCCCUGCCCCGGCAGACAAGUUCCAUACAGCGCAGCCUCCGCAAGUCAGCCACCAGCAGCGACACCUUCAAAGCACUGCUGCUGAAGAAAGGCAGCCGCUCAGAGACCAGCUUCCGCAUGUCAGCUGCAGAGAUGCUGCGCAGCACAGACCCACGCUUCCAGAGGGCGCGAUCACUUGACUCCUCAUUAGACCCCAUGUUGCCCAUUAGUCCGGACAGUCCCUGUGCUUCUCCAAGCCGCAGCAAGAGGGCACCAGAGGACUGGGCACGUAGCGAGGGGAUGAUACCACGGUACUCUUUGGGUUCCUCACCAACAUCCCCUUCAUCUCUGGUGGGGCCGAAAUAUGGGCGAUCACGCACGCCGCCCUCUGCUGCCAGCAGCAAGUACAACGCCCGCAGCCGCAUCCUCAGCAGCCCCAUGACCGUCAUCUGUGAAAGGGAGGGCGAACUGGCCGAAAGUGGAGAGGGCUGGGACGAAUCAUGCCCUGAUUCUCCUGUAACACCCGCCCCCCAAGCAGUCCCUCAGGACUCUAAUGGCACUUUAUGUGAAGAGGAGAGCAGUUAAGCCAGCCGUUCCCAAACCUAGUCCUGAAGUGUUCCUGCCAUGCGUAUUUUUGGUAUACCCCCUGCUCUAACAUACCUGAUCCAACUGCUUACAAGCUCUUCAGACAGAUGUGUAGGGCAGGGGCACUCUAGGACCAGGAUUGGGAAUAGCUGAGUUAAGAGUUCAAAAGAGUUUCCCAAACUAGGGAAUGAAUGAACCUCUUCACAGUAGCAGAGACUGGUCCAUGGCAUAAGGAGGGAACACUGCAGACCCAGUAAUCUGUGUCCCCCCCUUACAUCAGCCUGCAGACAGUGCUGGACCAGUCUGCUUGGAGGGGAGAAGAGAGAGGUCGGGCCACGAGGUGCCUCCUUCAGACUGAUCAAUGCUUUGUCUGAAGUGAAUGAAUACCAUUUCUGUUGCAGCUCUUUGUAAACAAAACAAAAAACUGUCACCCCAUUUUAACUAUUUAUGUUAUUAUUGUUGUUCGUGAGAGAUUAGUGUGCAUUUACAGUACUACACUCAUCUCCCCCAAAGCUUAGACAUUUUACUUCUGUUUGUUCUGUUUGUUUUGCUUGGGUUAUCUUCCUUUUCCAGUGCAAUGGACUUCAGGAAUAACUACAGAAAAGCAGACUAGGAAGGUGGUUUGAUAAGGAUUGAUUACGAGCAGCAUGUGUGAGCAAGAGAUGAAGGAAUUGCUAAGUGACUCAUGUUGGCUGCAGUGGUGUACUAGUGGAUGGAUGGGGUUGGCUUUGUGGAACGCCUAAAGGGACUUUUGAGACUGCAGCUUAUUUACAUCCUUUACAGUUUUGCUGACGCAAUUUUCGUUUGGGCUGGGAUUGCCCUCUGCUUCUCAGUUCUAAAAACACAUCAAUGAACUGCAGAUACACCAUAAACAGAGUUCUUUCUCUUUCUGUUCACCCUUAAUACUGGAAUGCUCACCGGUACAGUGAGAGUGGUGGAGAAUUCAGACAGGAGAUAAUGACUGGAACAUGGACAGAAGGACUGUUGAAGUGGCACAACUGAGACGCUGGCUCAAUGACAAGCUUCAGAAUAUCCUUUUAUGUUUGAGUUUUAGUGUGUUGGUUUGCACUGUAUACAUGUGUCUCUGUUUAUUUGUCUCUGUUUGAUCAUUUAAAAUGAAAAACAUUUUAUGCCUGUGUUGGUUGUAACUCAUUUCACAAAUGAAGAGUGAUUUUUUUUGUUACAAAAAAAGAGAAAACUUACUUGAAAUGAAUAACAGACCUGUUUUCUUUGUAAUGGUUUGGGUAACCAAAGAGUUAAACAUAAAUGUAGCCUGCUGUAGGGAUUCUGGAUUGGUGAUGGCAUUUAUUUGAGUGGUUCUCCUUUAAUGGUUUGGUGAAGACUAGCUUUUACUUAACUGAGGCUUAAUUACUAACUCCUCUUUUCUGUACCUUCUUGUGCAGUUUUGUAUUGUUUUCUAUGUACAUAAAUACACAAUUUAUUAAGAAGUAACAUCUGAACUUAUUUUCAAAGAAUUUGUACAUUCUAGAAGCCCCAGUUGAAGGGCCGUGGCUCCUUUUGUAGAGUAUUUAUUUUAGAAUAGCCAGAAUGUGAUUUGAUAUAGCUGGGGGGAUUUUAGAGGGAGAUCUAUGACUCGGUUUAUUUUGGAUUAAAGGGGGAAGGUUGCAUUACAUUACGUUUCAUGAAUCAUGAUCAGUCAGAGUCUGGCUGAGGCUUCAGGCCUGUAACAGGGAGCUUAUGAAGUCUCAUUCUCAUUCUGUUGGUAGCUCUAGAACGAGAAAUCAAAAUCAUGGAUACAGGAGAGACAGAGUGAGAUAAAUGAUCUGGAUGUUGAUGAAAAGGAAGACGGCUGCUAACCCUCUUGUGUACGUCUCUGUAAUAAAACAUGGUGUUAUUUAAAAAAUG